AUGGGCGUCCAGCUUGCCCCCUACAACAAUGCCAUGCGCCUUGGCCAGGGCUUCAACAGCUACACGCAGCAGAUCUGCCUCAAUGAUGCUGUCAUGAAGCCAUCCAAGGUGGCCAAGGUGCCCAAGGCGAAAAAGAAACAGCUCGAACCGGCCGCUAUGCUCGAGAAGAAAGUCGAAGCCGAUGUAAUACCGCAUGAGGAUUCUGCUGAGUCGGACCCGGAGCCCGAACCCGACACAGACAAGACACUCGGGAGGCCCAGGAGCAAUGAGCCCGCCAAGGGGGUCAGUCAGAUUGUUUCGUACUCUUCGCGGUUCGUCGACAAGUUGAGUGACAUUACAGGCAAGUUGAACAGCGAGCCUUCAGCUUUGAGAUCUGGUGAACUAACUGACGGUGGAUCCUUCAUCGACAGUGACAAGUUCAAAGAGAGCGACAUGAACUUCUUUGUCCAGGUCAAGGUGGUCAAUCAGGUGGUCAGCGCGGAAGACUACACCGAGUUUCAGGACAUCCUGACCGCAUCUGCCGGUGGCCGCUUCAAUGACGUUUACGGGGACACCUUCAUCUCUGGGUUCGAGGAGGGAGGCGAGCUCAACGCCUUGAUCUCGGUCAAGGUCUCGGACAAGAGCAAGACCUUUGCCAUCAAGGCCGAGCUCGAAGCCACGCUGGGCACCCCGGCGCUGUCGGGCAAAGUCACCGGCGGAGUGGACAUGAACAAGUCGGAGAUCAAUUCCUCCACCGAGACCACCGUCACGGUCAACUGGAGCGGCGGCGGACAGAUCAAACCCACCAACGCCAUCUGGGACGUCAACUCCCUCACGCUGGCUGCUGCCAACUUCCCCGAGAACGUUUCCAGGACACCUCAACGCACAUACGCCAUUCUCAGCAAGUAUACCUCUCUGAAGAGCUUUCUCAAGCUGUACCAGCCACAGUCGGUGCUCACGUACGAGAAUGCGGGCGUGUACACUUCGGCCCUGCUGGAUAUCUACAUGGACUACAAGUCCAUAUGGAAGCAGAUCCAAAUCGCCAACUUUGAGCACAAGAAUCGCCGCGCCGAUAUGAGGAUAGCCAAAGUCCCAAAGGAGGUGCAGGCGCUGGCUGAAGCGAAGGCGGCGGCGGCGGCGGCGGCAGCGGCAUCCUCGACACCAGAGCAGAUCCCGGAGGCUCCAAAGGACAGCAGCCGGGGCAUAGCUACUCGAGUGGCAGAGUCGGAUAAGGAUGCUCCAAAAAGCAACACCGUGGCUCGGGUUCCGUCGAGCAGCAAUGCUUCGGAUAGCAACAAAACCCCCGAGUUCCAGGUACCCGACCUGAUCGACUUCACCCCUUACAGUCCCACCAUCCUUGGGCUGGAUAAGGCGCGGCGACACUGUCGCAAUGAGAUGAUUAAGAUUGUCACCGAGGUCGACCUUGUGACCACCCAUCCGGAUUAUGCGCUCGAUCCAUCGAGGGAAGAUCGUUUUGUCAGCCCACGGAUCUUCACGCAACUUCUUCCGGUUGUCACCUUGCGUGCUGUAGAAACGGACGAUCCAGACUCCAAGCUCAACCCCAAGAAUCUCGUCAUCCUCGGCGAGACGGAUGAAGCGCCCCGGCUGCAGCAGUGGCUGUUCAACCGCUCCGGCAGCGAAAAGUCGCGCGAGCCGUACCCCAAGAUGGAGCAGUCGCUCGACCACCACAAAGGCAAAUCCAAGAGAUUCGACAUGGGCAACGCCUGGGCGGGGGUGGAUGAUCCUGGCAAGGCGGCCACCUUCUUCAACUGCCUCGACAAGAUCGACGACUCGUGGGAGCCCAGAUCUAUUGACAUUUGGGUCACUGAUGAGAUUCUCACUGGGCUGAGGGUCGUGUACACCAACGGGGCCGAAGCCGCACACGGCGACUGCGAGGGCGCAGCCCAAAAGACUCUGCUCAUCCAAGAUGGCAAGGCCACUUCUGUCAUUCAGCUGGCCGUUGAGCUGGCGCGCCCGCAGAACUCCACGGGCCGCGUCCGAGGGUUGCAGCUGACGCUGGACACUAUCAAAACGCAGGAGUACCCUCCGCUUGGCCGUGCCGUGACGACGCAUGCGACGCCUGAGAUCACCACUCUGGAGCAGCCAACAAAUGGUCUUUGGACCUUUCGAGGCUUCUGGGGCUCGUUUGCCCCUUUCAAGGGGGGCUUCCUUGCUCUUGGAGUAGUCUGGGGACUUGAUGACACCAAGACGGUGCCGCCGUCUCAGGCGUCGUCGACAACGCCAUCGCAGCAGCAGCAGCCAUCCGGACCUGAUUACCAGAUGGUGAUGGGAAGACCGCUACCCGACGAUGCGUUGAAGUCUGCCGUGGCCUACAAGGCCAAGGCGGGCGCGUACUGCAUGUCGCAGUUCAUCGGCGACAGCAACAUCGACAAGGACAGGUCCGUCUACUUCAACGACUUGCACGACAUCAAGGACGACAAGUGGCGCAUCUCGUCCAUCAAGUUCUACCAGGAGGACUCGCACCGCAUCACCGGAUACAUCAUUCGAUACACAGACGGCGGCUCCAUCCGGCGCGGUAAAUGUGCUCCGGGGACUCUGGGCGCCCCGUUGGAGAGCCAGCCGCAGCACUUUACCAACGUCACGCUCGACACGACCUACCUGGCCGAGCAGAAGGGUCAGGUCCUGACGUGCGUCGUUGCAGACGAUCGGCAGGCCGAGGGCAAGUUUGUGUUCCAGGCACCUGGGACCAAACCCCACGAGACGGCCAAGCUCUCUCGCCCGGACAGCACCUGGUCUCUUGCUGGAUUCUGGGGUUACCACAAUAAGGAUACGAAUGCCUUCACCCAGUUUGGUAUCAUCUGGGCCAAGAGGAGCGAGCUUAUUGUUCCAGCGCGAUCGUAA